AAAAACAAUGCACAAAUGACGCUGCAACGACAUAAAACGCAGUUGCUGCAACAAAAUAAACAAUGUUCUAACAACAACAACAACAACAACCAUAACAAACACAAAAGCUGCCCGCCCCUUGCCGCCAAAUGGGGCAACAUAUGCACAAUACUCCUCUGCCUGCUGCUGUUGUCGUCCUGCCAACUGGGUCGCGCACAACAACAAAAGCUUCGACAGGGCCAACAACAGCAGGCGCUGCCACCCCACUCGGAGCUGGAAGCAGUUGAACUGCUGCAGGACAACGACAACAACAACAACAAUGACAAUGACAACGAUAUCGAAUUCGCCAGUCUCGAUGGCGCCACACAGCUGCUGCCCGCAACGCGUCAUGGCGGAGACGCCACAGCGGCGCCGCCGUCGACGCCGGCGCUGCUGCUGACAUCAUCGACGAGCUCCUACACGGAGCUGCAGGGCGGCGAGAUACUCAGCGAGCGCACUUUGCGGCUCAGCGAGAGCCCGUACCUGGCACGCGAUGACCUGGAGGUGGUGCGUGGGGCACGGCUCACCAUCGAGCCGGGCGUGACCGUUGAAUUUGCGCCCACCAAAGGACUCAAGGUGCGCGGCGUGCUUCAAGCAGUGGGCACACCCACAGCACGCAUUACACUGAAGUCCCAGGGUAAUAUUGCAAAUUAUAAAAUGGAGCUGCCAGAUGAUCAGGCGAAGGGCAUUCGCUUGGUGGACGGACCAACGCCUGUGGAAGGACGACUGCAGCUAUACCAAAAGGGCGCCUGGCGCUCUGUUUGCUCCAAUUCAAGAAAUUGGACCCUGGCCGACUAUGCGGUGGCCUGCAAGCAGCUGGGCUACAGAGGAGGCCGCUUCUGGAACUGGGUGGAACGCACGCCCGGCUAUUAUCCACGUUUGCUCUACGAGCAGCCCAAGUGCCGAGGCGGUGAGAAUAGUUUGCUGGAAUGCGCCUGGAGCUCGCGGCAGAUGGGCGCCGGGUCGUGUGACUAUCACAACGACUUGGGCAUUCAAUGCCUGCCGGUGCACUCGGAGCCCCUGGGUCACUGGCGCGGCCUGUACUUUGACAAUGCGCCUUCGACCAAGACGCUGGGCAGGGAUAACACGGUCUAUGCAGCGCAGUCGGAGUCGCGGCUCAGGUAUGUGGACAUCAUCCGAGCGGGCAACGGAGCUGGCUUUAGUGCCAAGUCGGCGUUGGAGGUGCAGGGCCUGCCGCCACAGAUGGAGCACGUGGUGAUCAGCCACUCGGCGUAUACGGGCUUCAACAGCACACGGCCCUGGGCGGGAUUCCAGCUGCAGAAUGUGACGGUGCGCAAGAGCAAUGGCAUUGGCAUCUUUGUCAACUCCAGCCAGGGUCUGGUCCAGCUGGAUGGCUGCUCGGUGGUGGACAAUGCCGCCGAUGGCAUCAAGUAUGUGGGUCACGAUCUACGCGGCACGGAGCGCACAGAUCGCGCCAGCAUCUACGACUUCUGCACGCUGCCCACGACCUCCGGACAGACGUACCCCAUCUCCCUGUCCUUUACACAGAAAUACUACGCCGGCUCGGCCAAGGAGUGCGGCAAGUACUUCUUCACCCGACCCGGCUACUAUCUCACCCUGCACUUUGAGCACUUUGUGCUGCAGCAGAACGAGACGGCCAGCGUGGAGAUCUUCGAUGGCGCCUCCACCAACGAUCGGCUGCUGUUCGAGUGGCACGCGCGAAACUUUACCCGGCCGCAGAGCGUAACCAGCACCCGGGAGAAGAUGUUUGUGCGCAUACGCGCCGAUGCACGGCGGGAGUUGAGCGGCUACUUCCGGAUCACUUCGGGCGAUUCGGUGGCCUAUGAUCUGCGCGUCUCACAGUCCACCGUCGAGGACAAUGGUGGACGCGGCGUGGCCAUCGACAACAUACGCUCUAAGCUGCACGUGCAUGCUAGCUCCGUCUCCGGCAAUGGGCACGUGGCGGGCGUUCACGUGACGAGCGGCGCGGGCGAUGUCAACAUAACUAGCAGCAACAUUAGCUUCAACAAUGGCGCUGGGGUUAACAUAACAUACUAUGGCGGCAAUCGGAAUAUCUCGCGCUCAGCGAUCAGCUCGAAUCGCGGCUAUGGCCUGGCCACCUGGCUGAACCAGACCACAGAUGUGGAUACCGUGGAGUACAUACCCAUUAAUCAGACGAGCGUGGUGGAGUACUCACAGAUUGGCGGCAAUCUGGAGAUGGGCGUCUUCCAUGGCAACUACUGUCGUCCCAUUUGGGUGAACAUCACGGGCAACAGCUUCAAUGGCAGCCAGCAGAACGAUAUCUACAUCGAGUCCUGCUACCAGGCCACGGCUAACGGGCAGCCCAACAUGCAGCUGCAGCUGGGUCACAACAUGUUCAAGUACAGCCAGGCGAAUGCCAUCUAUUUGAGUCCCGCCCUGAAUCUGCAGGGCCGCAUCGAGUACAACAUGUUCCGAUUUGGCGCCUAUGGCUGCAUCUAUGUGAACAACGACUACAUCUUUCAGGAGUUCAACUAUCUGCCCGUCAAGCUGAUCAUCCAGAGCAACUAUUUCAUGCGCAACAGUGGUCUCCAUGUGGUCUCCCUGGCGCUCUCGCCGUAUAGUCGGGCCGAGGUGCAGUACAUCCUGUUCACCCGCAACUUCGUGAAGAGCAACAACAUCACGGAGGCCUUUGGUCCGCUCAUUGCAGGCAGCGAGGGCAACGAUGGCGCCGGCCGGCUGAAUCCACGCUCUCGCGUCGCUGCACCGGUUGUGGUCGGCUCCAGCAAUGUGGACAUCUAUCGCAAUAUACUGCACAAUCUGGACUCUGCCUACGAGAUUGGCUCCCAGCUGACGGACCAGAGCCAGAUCAUCAAUGCCACCUGCAAUUGGCUGGGCCAUACGGACGAGAAUCGCAUCUAUGCGAGGCUCUUCCAUCGCAACGAUCGCUACAAUCUGGCCAAGAUCAACUAUAUACCAUACCUGCUGCACAGCUCCAAUCCGGGCUCCACUGCCAUGAUCACCGUGUCCACGGUUGUGCCCAGGUUCUUCCACGAGGGCAGUGAUGUGAUUGGCGGCGAGGUGGACGGUCAGGACAUGGUGCCAGCCGGUACCUACACCGUCACCAAGGACAUUAACAUUCGGCCUGGCGGCAAGCUCAUCCUGCAGCCGGGCACAACGCUGCGCUUUGAGCCCAGCGUGGGCAUGAUGGUCGCGGGCAAGCUUGAGGCGCGUGGCCGACGACCCGACGACAUACUCUUCACCCUCAAGCGGGAGACCAUCAUCGGGGAGCACAACGACACGGAAACCAUUGACCUAGACAGCGAAACGGAGGCCAUUGACAUGGAGACGGAGGUGCUGCCCGCGGACGCUGUGCCCCGUGUGCCGGUACGUUUAGUGGGCGGUACGGGCGCACACGAGGGUCGCCUGCAGGUGUAUCUGAAGGGUCGCUGGGGCACUGUCUGCGACUACGGCUGGAAUGUGCUGAACGCGGCGCUGGUCUGCCAUCAGCUGGGCUACUCCCUGAAUCCGCAGGACUGGCGGCUGCUGCGCUCGCAGCUGCCCAAUGCCGGCACCUCCGAGGAUGUGCUGGUGGCCAAUGUGCGCUGCACGCCGCACGAUCGCGACGUGACCAAGUGCCGGGCGGAAUACGAAUUUGAGAACAGCUGCAGCCACGAGAACGAUGUGGGACUGCGCUGCUACGAGGGCGCCUGGGCGGGCGUGCGGUUCAGCAUGCUGGCGGAGCGGGCCGAUCUGCAGUAUGUGACCGUGGAGAAGGCGGGCCUCUUCGACUACACGACCAACUCGUUCCGGCCGGCGGUGCAAAUGGAUCAUGCGCGUCACAAUCUGGAGAAUGUGCGUGUGGUCAACAAUCUGCAGGAUGGCCUGGGCAUUAUCUAUGCGGACAUCUAUGCGGGCAAGUCGGUGAACAACAUAAAGAACUCGGAAUUUUCCGGCAAUCGCGGCAGCGGCAUCAGCCUGAAGCAGCUCGACUUUCGCAUCUCCGGCUCCAUCAUCAAGGACAAUCGGGGCAGCGGCAUCUCCCACGAUGCGGUCAUUGCCUCGCUGGACCAGAAGGAGAUCGGCGGCUGGUUCAACAUGGCCCGCGACUUUAAUGCCUACGACACGGACUAUGAUCCCUAUCUGCUGCCCCAUGAGAUAGCCAACAUUGAUCUGGGCACCUUUGAGCACAAGUACAUACGCACUGAGGAGCUGCUCGGCCAGUCGAUCAGUCGCAAGAUUGUGGUCCAGUGCCCCGCCGGCUAUGUGAUUGGCAUUCAGCUGCUCAAUCCCAUACACAAUCAGUCCACGGAGAGCAUCAGCAUACUGAAUGCCCGCACGGAGAAUAUACGCAGCGAUCUGUGGCAGGUGAAGCGCGAUCUCAACGUAUUCCCCGCAACCAGCAGCAGCUACGGCAUCAUCAUCUACUACGAGAGCGGCCUGCACGCCCUGGGCGGAGCUGUCCUCAUGCUGACCACCGUGACGGCGCCCGUCCAGAACAUACGCAAUCGGAUUGUCAGCGGACCGGUGCCCACCCUGACCAUACGCUCCACCAAGAUACAGAAGAAUCUGCGCGGCAUUACGGGCUACUAUUACAAUCGGUAUGUCGGCGAUAACGGGGAGCUCUAUUUGCGCAAGGCCAACGAGUCCAUCAAGCUGAUCAACUCAGAGCUCAGCUUCAAUGAGCGUGAGGCCAUAUUGAUCAAGUCGCCCUUCUGGGAUGUCAUCUCCAGCAAUCUUUCGGAGGUCACGCUGCACAUCAACGGCUCGCUCAUCAGUCAGAACGGCUAUGGCAUACGUCAGCUGUCCAAGGAUUUGCGCUCAUCCAACAAUCUGUUCCACUAUGUGCUCCAGGAUAGCACGGUGGAACAGAAUGCCCAUGGCGGCUUUCAGGUGGCCCUGCCCUAUGUCUGGCAGUACAAUGAGAACUUUACCCAUUCGAUUUACUUUGGGAAUAGCACCUGGCAGCGCAAUCGCAACUUCCACGUUGGCAUCUACGGGCACUAUGCCGUCUUCAACAUAACCUCGAACGUGUUCCGGGAGAAUAGCUGCCCCGGUGCACUCAUAUCGCUGGACGGCAUGGAGAAGCGUCUGCGCUUCGAUAACAAUCGCUUCGAGGCGAACAACGCCAAGUUCGUGCUGCUCUUCAAGGCGGACAGUCUCAGCGAGAUCAUUGGCCAGGUGCCGGCCAGCAUCGAGUACAACACCUUCAAGGGCAACCAGAUUGUGACCAUGUUGGCGGACUAUCGACAUUAUAUGAAAGUUGCCCGACGCAUGCGCAAGCAGCACCAGCUGCCCAGCUCAGUGAUCCGGCUGGAUGGCGUGCAGAACGUGAGACUCUAUCGGAAUCUGAUAGCCAACAAUGAGAUGGACUACAAUCUGGUGGCGGGCGUGAGAUCGGCGCGUCUGAACAACUACUUCUAUGCCGCGGAGAACUGGUGGGGCAGCCUGGAUGUGGCCUACAUUGAGUCGAAGAUCUUCGACUUUGACAACUGGAACGAUCAUGCGGACGUCAUCUAUCAGCCCUUCCUCAUUGAGGACAGCUACGAUGCCAGCGUCUCGGUGGUGGCGCCGCCCAACGAGGAGUCCAACCUGGCCACUUAUCGUGGCGGACGAGUCUAUCGGGAUCUUACGCUGCCCAAGCAGUCGACGCCCUACUACAUAGCCUCGGAUAUAACGGUUAUGCCGGACACCACCCUGACCAUACAUCACGGGGUUACGCUCGAGUUUGAGCCGAACGUGGGCAUUCUCGUGCUGGGCACGCUUAUGGCCAUCGGCUACAAAGAGUCGCCAAUUGUGAUGCGUCCGUUUAGGAAUGCCACCAAGGAGUCCAUGGUAGCGGCUCCGCCGCGCAAGCGUGCGCUGGAGGACAUGAGCGCCGCCCUCACAGACUUCGACUCCAUACGACUGUGCACCAGCGCCAGCAAUUGCACGGGCGAGGCAGACGGGCUGUACGGCCUGAACGAGGGCUUCCUGGAGUACUUCAAUCACACGACACUGCAGUGGGUGCCCAUAUGCGAUGGUCGCUUCACGGAGCGCAAUGCCCAGGUCGUGUGCCGGGAGCUGGGAUUCGAUCCGCUCAAUGUGUACUACGGCCACGACAGGCGCAUUGAGUUCCACACGAACUCGCUGACACGCAUCUGGUCCUGGGUGCAGCCGCUGGAGUGUCGUGGCGAUGAGGAGCGCAUGGAGGACUGUGCCGAGCGGCUCAAUGGGCAGCUCUACGGUCAUCGGCACGAGUGUCGCUGGGACGAUGUGUUCGUGUUCGUGAGCUGCAAUGGCGUCGCCGACGACGAGGCCUACUGGGGCGGCAUACGCUUUGCCAACUCCAAGUUUGAGGAGAUCCAGUACGAGCAUCGGCUGCAUAAUACACGCUCCCACGGCUCCCAGACGCAGCAGCGCGAGAGCCAGCUGGAGUUCGUGCGCAUCGAGCAGGCCGGCAUACUGCACAACCACAAGGCGGCCGCCAUUCAAGCGAUACACAAGAACCCCAUCAUCAGUUCGGUCAGCAUCGAGAACUCGGCCAACCAUGGCAUCAACCUGAUAGCGCCCAGUGGCAAGCUGAACCUUAACCAUCUAAACAUCAACCGGACUCUCGGCACGGGCAUCAGCAUUGUUUCGCUCAGCGGCGAGGGUCGAGACAGCGACGAGUCCAGCUUCACGCCGCUCAAGAAGCUGGACCUGCCCUACAAGCUCUUCUCGCUGGUGGACAUUUGUGAUCCCCAGAAGGUGCUGACCAUCGAGGAGCGCAUGCUGGUCUACUACAAGUACGAUAAUAAUCCGGUCAACUGUGUCAAGAUCUUCACGUCCGCCUUUCGCGCCAAGCCCAUCGGCUUCCGUCUGCUGCAAUCGAAUCUUUUCAAUCACUCAAAGCUCUACGGACGCACGGAUUUCAUCAAGCUCUACGACGGCGACAUCUACAAUGUCACGGCCACGUAUCUGGGUAAAAUAGAAUCGGACACGAACAAUCAGCGCUCCUUCUUCAAGACGAAGGGUCCGACGCUAAGCCUGCAAUUGGUCGCCAGUGGCGCCCCAGAGACACACGGCUUUAUAGCCGAGGUCGUCACUGUGCCCAUCUCCACUUUGGGACAAUAUCGCGAUGCCCUGCACAACAUCACGGACACGCACAUCUCUGGUGCCAUGAAGGGUGCCGUCAGCUAUGCCUCGGCGGGCGAGGUCACGCCAACCCUGACGCUCAUUGGCAAUCGCAUCGAGAGGAACUGCAAGCAGCUCUAUGGCAAUUUCUCCACCUGCGCCUCGGCGCUCAACUUGGAUGUGCAGAACAUGAACUCCCUAUAUUUUAUGAACAAUCUGCUGCUGGAGAAUCAGGGUGGGCUGCGCAUACGUGCUGAUUCCCGCGGCACCGCGACCUCGUUACGUGGCUUUGUGCAUCACAAUCUGUUCAUGCGGAAUCGCAAUCGUCCCGCCCUGUUUGUGGAGGGUCGUCAGUCGUCGCCCUACCAGGAGGUCGAGCUGUAUCGCAACUAUUUCGCCCAGAACAUGGCCGGCUAUGAGGAGGUUAUUCGACUUUGCCAGGUCGUGUCCAACUUUAGCUACAACUACGUCCACAGCAAUGUGGGCGGUCGCAUCAUGGAGGUUUCCGGCUUCGAGAAGGUGCGUCUGCAGAUCUAUCAGACAACGGCACACAAUGGUUUCUACAGGAAUGUGGCCACCAACUGGAUGUCUCGAGCAACCAUUGUGGCAGGCACCGCGGGUCAGCAGUACGUGGACAACAUAUUCGAGAACUAUGAGAAUGACUACGAGCUGCUGACAGUCAACAAUUCCAUUAUGAGCUUUGAUUAUGAAAACAGGACCUUCGAAACCUGGAGCUCCAAGAUAGACGCACGUCACAAUUACUGGAGCUACAACAACACCAUCUCGGUGCAGUCGCGCAUUAGGGAUAAGCACGAUGACCCUAUGCUGCUGGAGGUGCUGGCCGUGCCGUUCCAAAUGAACAACGAGACCAUUUUGGACGGCAAGUGUCCGCCCGGCUGGGCCCUGGUGCACGACACCUGCUUCAUCUAUGUCGGCGCGCCGAUGACCUUCCAUGAGGCGCGUGAUUUCUGUCGGUCGGAGAACUCGACCAUGCCCUUCAUACGCACCGACAGCACCACGUUGUGGAAGUAUCUGCAGAGCCAGAUGCGGCAUCUCAAGUACCCGGAGAAGGUCUGGAUACAGGACUACAAUCACAUCGAGCGCUGCACGAGCUUCGUCUUCAACGAGGUCGAGGUGGGGGACUGCAACAAGGAGCGCGGUUUUAUCUGUGAAAUGGAUCCGAGAGUCAUCAUCGAUCCGCUGUCGUGGCGCGCGGACAUUUUUGCCAUAAGUAUUAUCUCGGCCUUUGUUCUGGCCAUCAUUCUGCUCAUCCUGGUGGCCUUCUGCUGGUUCGCCAAGUCCAAGCAUCGGCAUGUGCAGCGCCUGCAGCGACGCAACAGCAUUCGCCAGAGCCUUCGCAGCCUCAACAGCAUCGAUCCGCAAGGAUCCCUGCGCCGUCGUCCCAAUUAUAACAUGUCCAGCAAUGGCACCCUGUCCAAGAGCCAGGACUACAAGCAGAUGAUGGUGGCCAAUGGCUCCAUCGAUUCCAUGGACAAGAGCGUGCUCAGCUCGGAGGCGGGCAGCUUCGAGGGCUACGACCAGAAGCCCCACUACAAUGAGUACGUCAACCAGAAUGCACUCCGGCCUGCCGCCCAGGAUCAUCAGCAGCCACAUAAGGUGGCCACCAUAUCCAAGGGCAGCGCACAUCGCGCCCGGGCAGCAGCCGCCGCCUUGGAGCCGGAUGCCUUUGAGCUGAGCUACCGCAACGAGGGCUUCCGCGACAACUCGACCUAUGGCGGCGGCACGCGCGCCAAUUCCAUCAGCACCAGCGUGGCGGAGGACACGCCCAUCAUACACCAGACGGACGCGGAGGCCGAGGAGCUGGGCUCGGAUUAUUAUGGCAAUGCCAGCACGCUGCCGCUGCGCACGGAUACGGGCAGCAGCAGCGUGGGCGGACGCCGUGGCCAGCCUGGUCUGGCUUUUCUCAGCGAGCUGAAGCAGAAUUUGCCGGAAUAUCAGCGCAGCUCGCACAGCAGCUUUCUGCCGCAGCGCAGCAGCGGCGAUUCGCUGCCCUUCGACCAGAAGCUGGACCAGUUUAACUUCUCCACAGAGUCAUCGCUAUAUCGUCCGGCGCCCGCUGUGCCGCAGCAAGCGUCGCCCGCGGAUAUGCGGCGUCCGGACUCCUACUAUACGGCAGUGCGCAGCAGCAAGGCGCCCACAUCACAUUAUCGCACGCCCAGGCCGCUGGCUCAGCCACCGGCGGCGCCCACAGUGCACGCGUCACGUCCAAAGACUGUUUACCAAACGGCUGCGCAGGAGGCGUCGCCCACAACGCCCACGUCGCCCAGGUCGCCCAGAUCGCCAACAGCGCUGGCCACUGCCAAUCCCUAUCACCGCUCCAAGUCGGAGGCGCUGCUCGAGACGGAUUUUGAUAGCGAGGCCGGCGAGGGUGGCCUGGUGCCGCUCCACGCCAAUGGACGCAGCCAUAGCCAGCCCUUGGAGACGGCCAUGUAAUGCACCGGCCUCACAGCCACUUCCCUUAUUCUCCAUUUCCAACUCAGUUUCGCAACGUUAGUUUUUAGUUUGCAUACAUUACUUUUAAAGACGAGAUUAUGUUAGCCGACGAACGAGAGACGAACGCCCCACGUUGUUUUAUGCAGAAAACUUAAAGCAUUCCAUCCAUUAGCUAUUAAAUUUAACAUAAACAUAUAAAAGACGAACGCAUAAAACACGAAUUAGUAUUAAAUUUUUGUAUAUAAUUGAUUAUUCAAAUAAAUA